AUGUCGCCUGUAACAAGCGGUAACGCUGCUGAGAUAUUGAAUCUGAUCUUAGAGAGACAACCAAUAGUGGACACACACAAUGACUUUCCUUAUUUAUUGAGAGUUCAAUUAAGGAAUGAACUCAAAGCUAAUAAAGAAUUCGAUUUUGACCAAAAGCUUACUUCGCAUACGGAUCUAUCAAAACUUCGAAAGGGACGGGUAGGAGUUCAGUUUUUCAGCUGUUUUAUUGAUUGUCCAGAGGAUAAUUAUGCUUACUCUGACUUCAACUUAAAGAAUUCUAUGGUCAGGGAUACUCUUGAGCAAAUUGAUGUCACGGGGCGUCUUAUAAAAGCUUCAUCAGAUGAUUUGGUUUUUGUUCAGACUGCGGACGAUGCCUUAGCUGCCUACAAAAGUGGUAAAAUAGCAAUUGCAUUGGGAAUUGAGGGCUUACAUCAAGUGGAUACAUCUUUAGCCGUUCUAAGACAAUAUUAUAAACUUGGAGUUAGAUAUGCAACCUUAACACAUUAUUGCAGUAACCCAUUCGCUACUUCUUCAAGUACUGUCUUUCACGGCAAGAAGGAUAAGGGUUUGAGCUCAUACGGAGAAUCUGCAGUGAAAGAAAUGAACAGGCUAGGGAUGAUGGUGGAUUUAUCGCAUGUUAGUUAUAACACUGCAAAAAGAGUUUUGAAGAUAUCUCAAGCUCCUGUUAUCUUUUCUCAUUCCUCUGCCUAUUCUUUGAACUCCCAUGAGAGAAACGUGAAAGACGAUGUUUUAAUGGACGUUGCAAAGAAUGGAGGUGUCGUUCAAGUUAACUUCUUCCCUGAUUUCAUUGCUCCCAAGGAUGGCCUGCGUGCAACUAUCGACGAUGCUGUUAAUCAUAUCUUUCACAUUGCUAAUGUAGCUGGCUGGGAUUGUGUAGGUUUCGGCUCAGAUUUUGAAGGAAUACCAUAUGCUCCCUCUGGAUUAGAAGACGUAUCGAAGUAUCCAGAUUUGAUAUAUAAAUGCAUACAAAGAGGCGCUACUUCUGAACAGAUUGAGGGCCUUAUAGGAGGCAAUUUAUUUAGGGUAUGGAAAGAAUGCGAGGCGGUCGCUACUAAGUUGCAAGAAAAGAGUGAAUCUAUCGCGGAAAAGGAAUGGCCAGACCGCAUAUGGGAAGAGCCUGAAAGUGCCAAAGGUUUAGUUGAACUCUAUCCAGGAUCCAAAAAGCUUCAUGAAGAUACUACUUUCUGGAAAAAGAAAUAUUUUGAUUAA